UGGUGUUGUGCUGGUCAGGUGGUGCCAGUCUAUUCCAAAUACCAAAUCCUAUUUCAAUAACCCACGACUGUUCGAUACUCUAUUUGCCGGCUGUAGCCAACAUACUCGUACGUGUGGAAAUAAAUGACCUACUAAAGAAUUAGCAGCAUAUUUGUUUGAAUGUUUUGCGGACAAAGAGUAAUCGAAUAAAGGAGAAAAUUCAGCUCCAACACUAAACCACGCCGGUGCAUUACCCGUUCAUUAGCGAAUCCGGCCCAACGCGGUAAUGCAGACUUAAUGGCAACUCUGGCUAUAAGAAAACAAGCUAAAACAAACGAGUUACAGCGCCGCGGCCAAGGUCCACACGCCCACACCAGAAGUCCGUCCUGCUUUUUUUAAACUUUUUACCCUCCCCCUCGCCUCCCCCGGGCCCGCAGUACUCCAGCUGAUGCCUUCCCGAGCAGGUGGCUCGACCCCUCCCGCCCCGCCCCGCCCAUGCCACCAUUACCCAGCGGCAGGCCGGACCACCAGCCGCCGCAAUGGGUGCCCCGCUAAGCCCCGCCUGCCCCGCCCCGCCCCGCUCGCCUCGGGUUUAUGGGCGCCGGCACAUUAACGCUGCAGGUCAAGGAGGAGGGAAAAAAGUGAGGAAAAGGAGAAAGAAUGCAUGCGUAAUAAGGAAAGGCAUUAUAAACCCUCGGCCGAUGUGCUGCAGCGGCUGGGGGCACAUGACCGCCGACAGGCUGGGGGGGGAGGACUGCAUGGGGCGGCUGGCGGGGAGGCUGCCGGCUGGGUCCCUCCAGCUGUUGCUCCCCCGACGCAUGUAACUCGAGCGUCGGUCAGCAAGACGCUCCUAAAAAUAGUUUUCAAAAAUGUUGGACGAAAGUUUGCAUUUUCCCCGCAAGAGGCCGCUCGUCAAGGGCCGCCGCCUCGCUGGGAGACUGUGUAUGCAGGGCGGGGGGUGGCGGGUGGGGGCGGCCCUUCGGACCCCGCUACACCCCGCUACGCCCCGCCUGUAUGUAUAUGGUGGACGCUGACGGGCGGCGGCUACCCUCAGCGGCGAAGGGCACGACUGAAUGAACCCAAACACUGAAGGACGAGAAAAAAGUAAACAAGAUGAAAGAAAUUGGAUACAAACGAUGUAAUUAACAAGAAAUAAUGGUACGAACUGGAUAUUGGCGGAACUAAUGACAGAUAACAGUAUAAAGUGGAUACAAACGAUGAAAUUAGUAAGAUAAUGGAAAUAACCGGAAACAGACGAUGAAAUAAACCAAAUAAUGAAAGGAAUUGGAUGGACACGAUAAUAACAAUACGAUAAUGGUAGGAACAGGAUACGAACGAUGAAAUAAAGAGCAGAAAAUGGAAGGAAUUGAAUGCAGACGAUAAAUAAAGAAUGGAUAAUGAGAGGGACUAGUUAGACGAUGAAACUGAUAAGAUAAUGGUGAAAAAAUCGAGACACAAGAUAAAAUUAAAUAGAUAGAAGCAACAUCAAACAGGCACGCGCAGUAAUGAGACAAGGGACGUUGGGGCUCGGUUAGCAGCGCGACAGUUUGCAUAGCGGCGACAUGGGUUCGACCUCUCUCUCAUAUUCGUGUUGUUAUUCAAGCUUACGUGGGGACUCUUACGCCAACCCAGCAGGGAAGAUGAAGUCGGCGGAGGAAGAAUCUGAUCACCUUACUCCGUGUGUCGAUGGCCCAUAUUCUCAAACACACUCGGGGCUCACACACCUUCAUAUGAUAAGGCUUUCGUAGAGGUAGUCUCGGCCCACGUCCGUCGUGAUCAAGGCCCCCGCCGAGCCGCUGGUGGAGGGCCGCAAGACCCGCCUGGAGUGCGUGGCGGCGGGGGCGUAUCCCUCGGCCGUCAUCUCCUGGGACAUGACCAUCGCCGGCCGCUCCAAGGUCCUCAAGUCCACGUCCCUGAGGAUGGGUGACGUGACCUCCUCGUGGCUGCCGCUGGUGCCCGAAGCCAGUGACCACGGCGCCACCCUCACCUGCCGCGCGCACAACCCCAACAUCCCGGGCCACGCCGCCACCACCUCCACCGUCCUCCAGAUCACCUUCGCGCCUCGGGUCACCCUCAAGCUGGGCUACAACCUCGACACUCGGCCUGUGACGGAGGGCGAGGAUGUGUUCUUCGAGUGUGAGGUGGCCAGCAACCCGCCGCCCCACACCGUCACGUGGUACAAGGACGGCGAGGAGGUGAAGCACGACAUGCGCGCCGGCGUGUUGGUGUCGGGGAACAACUUGGUGCUGCAGAUGGUGCGGCGCGUGUCGGCUGGGAAUUACACGUGCGCCGCCACCAACUCCCUCACCACCACCGCCUCCAACACCGUGCUGCUCGACAUCAAGUACCUGCCAGUGUGCGUGGACGGGCCUCAGAGCGUGGUGGUGGCGGAGGGCGAGGACGUGCGCCUGACCUGCCGGGUGGACGCCAAGCCCGAGGACGACCUUCGCUUCACCUGGUACUUCAACAACACGCUGGACACGGUGGAGGUGGAGCGGCAUCGAGUACAGGUCCGCUCGGGGCUCAGCUUCCUCGACUACACGCCAAGGUCUUCGCGGGACUACGGGAGUCUGGCCUGCUGGGCGACCAACACGGUGGGCACGCAGGCCGACCCGUGCCAAUUCACCGUCUUGGAGGCAGGCCCUCCGGAACGCGUCGAGAACUGUGACCUCGUUAACCUCACCGGCGGGACUCUGGAGGUGCAGUGUUCCCCGGGUCACGAUGGCGGCCUGCAGCAGUGGUUCAUCGGGCGCGUGUACGAGGCGGCGUCCCACAAGCUGCUGGCGACGCUGGAGGAGAAGACGCCGAAGUUCAAGAUGAGCGGCUUGACGCCCGGCCACGACUAUGUUAUCACGAUCACGGCGGCGAACAGCAAAGGGACGAGUGAACCGCAGGAGAUUGACGCUGUGAGGCUGAAGGUGGCGGAGAAGCGCAUGGGCGAGGUGUCCGUGGUGCCCGCCGUGUCGCCGCUGGUCGGGGUGUUCCUGGGCCUGGUCGGCGGCUUCGUGGGGCUGCUGCUGAUGGCCGUGUCCAUUACCCUCUUGCGCUCCUACAGGUGUCGCUGCCUGGCGGGGGCGGGUGGCGGGGCGGGGCGGGGCGCGGCAGGGGACGCGGCCGCCGCCCCCGCACCCCCCGCCACCAAGACCUCCCCCGCCGCCACGCCCCAGGACCCCCGCCAAGGCCCCGACGUUCUCCUCUCCGCCAGUAGUCGCGCGCUGCCUCAGGCGGCACCGCGGGCCAGACUCGUCACCAGCUACUGCGGCGGCGACAGCGUGGGCGUUGCGGGCGAGGUGGUGACGAGCGGCGACGGCGGUGACGAUGGGCAGCUGUCGUGGAGCAGACGGAUGUCCUCCUCGGUGUGAAGGGCUGCCGCCGCACGCUGGGAGUAGUAAGCCAGCCGGAGUUAGGCAGCUGGAGCGACGCCGCCACGCCACGCCACGCCACGCCGCCGCCCCCGUGUGACAGAGGCCUCGGGGGGUGUCAAGCGAGCCACGGGGAAAACGACCAACGAGAGAGAGAGAGAGAGAGAGAGAGAGAGAGAGAAGGAAAUAUCGUCUCCAGCUUCCCCUACGAAAGAACACAAGCACACAGCGAGUCAUCAGUCCUUCAGCCGGUCAGUCAGCCAUCGCAACCCAGAGUCGGAGUGCGCUCUGUUGUGGUUCUCUGCUCAGCGUCUCGUGAAGGGCACUAGCACGCCCAGCACCAGUGAUGUGAGGCAAAGAUUAGUAUUCUCUAUGUUCUAAGGGACCAUUUCGUGUGGGGGCUCUUAGCUUUGGACACACUGGCUCCUUGAAUCCGGCCCUGUCCACCCCCCGCGGCGCCUCUACACAAUCCCUUCCUUCCCCCCUUCACGGCUCCCUUCAUGGACAAAGGAAGACGUUGAUGCAUCGAAAGACAGCAACCUACCAUCGUGAACCUUUGUCCUGCCCCGAACUGACUCAACAAGACUUCGGAAACGUUACCGAAACAAAAAUAUCUCCUUUCAUGGCCAAGAAAAACGUUCAUGUCUCCAUUAGGAAGAAAAAAGUAUCCGCAAACGUUGUACAGUACUGAGGAGGCUAAACAAGACUUCGGAAACGUUACCAAACCAAAAAAAAUCUCCCUUCAUAACUCAGAAAAAUGUUCAUGUCUCUAAUAAGAAGAAAAAAGGGCCCACAAACGUUGUGCAGCAGUGAACAAACUCAUCAAGACUUCGGAAACGUUACCAAACCAAAAAAAUCUCCCUUCAUAACUCAGAAAAACGUUCAUGUCUCGAAUAAGAAGAAAAAAGGCCUACAAACGUUGUAUAGCACCAAACAAACUCCUCAAAACUUCGGAAACGUUACUAAACCAAAACGAUCUCCCUUCACGACGCAGAAAAACGUUAAUCUCCCAAAUAACAACAACAACAAUGCAUCCGCAAACGUCGUACAUCACUGAACAGGCUGAACAAACGUUACCACUGACUGAAACCUUAUCAAACUCAGUCCUCCAAAACGCUGCUGUGUCCAUAAAACAUUCCAGUACUCUCUUGUGGCCAGUGAGUGACGCGGAGCCGCCGAGGGACGUACACACAUACACGCCUUCAUGGUUUUGUAAAUAGUGUGCAGUGUAAAGUUACUGUCGCGGUGUGUGUGUGUGUGGUAGUGAGGUGGUGCCAAGGUAGAGGUAAAGUUAGGGGCAUACGCUAUAAUUGCUCAUGGCCUCAGUGCAUAUCUCCGUCGCAUGGUGAGACGUAUGUAAACUGAAGGAAAGAAGUGACAUUACGUGAGGUGGGUCCGUGAUAGCUGCCACAAGGGAACACACACAAGCCUUGGUGGUGUUGGUGUCGGUCCGUGUCCCCAAGUCUCAGCAAACAGGUUCAGGAAGAAGACAAGGGAAGAAUGGGACAGUCCAGGUUGUGGUGGUACAGCGUGUAGAGCCGUCUCGUGUGUUUGUUAAUGUGGAGAAAGAUGGUUUGAAGAGGAGGAAAGGAGCCAGAGUACCGAUACGUGAUGUGCUUUCGUGUAUUGGUACUUUCAACCUGUGAUGGAUUCCGUGGUCAUACAGUUUAGUUCUUAUGUACGUUUGAGUUUUGAGGACGGUAGUGACCAUGAAAGCUGUCUGAAGAACUUUAUUAACAUAGAUUUACUUCAAUAUCCAGACUUGAUGGUGUAUCCUUAAGUCAAAGUGAAAUUAUAUUCAUCAAAUACCACCAAGACUUUGCAUUUCUACUUUAUUGAAUAUCAAGUUGAAGGAAGUGUCGGUCGAGCUUGUUUUUAAUGAAUCGGUCGCCUUGCACUGGACCACUGAAGGCGGGAGUUUAUUCCUUCCUCGCAUUACAACGUUGGUGAAGAAAACUUUGGUGCAGUCUGAAUUUAUUCGUUUACACUUUAAAUUUUAUGCUGUUAUUUCUCGUUCGAGACGUGUCAUCGACCACUAACAAUUAGGAUUUGUCCACAUUCGUAAAACCAUUUUGUAUUUUAUAAACAUUCAAUCAUUUUCCUCGGAGGCGACAUUUCCCAAGAGAGAACAGAUUAAGGUUUGAGAGCCUUUUAUCGCAAGGUUUGUUGUACAAAGUAGGGAGGAUACAAAUAUAUAUUCA